ACACUAAAAAAUUGUAAUAUAUAAUGGUUUUAUUUCACAUUUUAAUAAAGAAAUAUAAAUAAUUAAAAUUAUUAUAAUAAUUAAUCAAUAAAAUAUUUAAAUAUCAGACAUUAAAUUUUUCAUAAUUUAAUAAUGAAAAUUCCAUUUGACGGGCUAAACUUGAAAAGGGCGGGAUCUCAGAAGUGCAAAGGAGAGAGAGAACGCCAUGGACGACUCAGGCGUGAUUCUCUGCCAAAUCUCUGCUCUAAAGGACAUGCUAGAUCAAGUAAAUGAAGAAAUUGAGGCGAAUAUUCAAGUAACGCGAGAGAUCGAAUCAGAGAUCGUGAAAUGUACAGAGUACGAAUCCACCUUGGCCUCCAGAGAAUCGGAGCUCACUAAGACGCUUUACGUCUCUCAAUUUGACAUAAUCGGAUUAAUAUCCGUCAGAAACGAAUCAAGAAAAUCUGCCAAAUUAUUGGAGGAGGAACUGUCUAGUCUAAGGAAAAAGCGAGAGGAGAUGCUUAAAAGAAUGAACAAUAAGCGAGAACGGUUUGCAAUGGAGUGCCUAGAAUUUCAGAGGGAGAUUGACAAAGGAGAAAAUGAUGAACUCAAGAAACUGUUGUCAGAAAAAGAGUUUUUCGAAAAUGAAAUCCGUCUCUUGGAACAGAAAAAUGAUUCUUUGAAGAACUCAAUGUUGGCAUUUGUGGAAGAAGUUCUUCUGGAUCUUCAGGAUUCGAACUCCGCUUUACAUGUUGAGAUACAGAAUAUAAACCAUGAGAAUGAGAAGUUGCUAAAGGAUAUUGAUGACUUGAAGACUAUGCUGCUUUCAAAUUUCAACUACCGUCAUUCUUAAGUAAUAAUGUGGACACUUUUGAGCUUGGACCACACUCAUUACCCCCUCCUCUAUAAGAAUUAAAGCCAGCCUUCCAAGUUCUUUUCAAUCAUCCUUCAUUAUUCAAGCUGAUCAACCUCUCACCAAAACCUCAGAAACCAUCAUUCUGGAACAUUGCAAGAGAGAAUCAAAACAGUUGGAAUCCUGCAAAUUCAAAGUGGGAAGUCUCAUGAAGAUGAAAGAUUCUACAGCUGGAGAUUCUAAGCAAAGAUUAUCAUAUAAUAAAGGGUUUAGUGGGUUGCUCAGAGAAGGAAGAGGUAGGCUUUAUCUCAUAAAAAGAUGUGUUGUCAUGCUUCUCUGCUGGAGUGAUUAAGAUGGCUUUUACAUUUCUUCUUCUUUGGAUGUUGAUAUCUUAUAAGCUCCUCCUUUCUGCUUAUUGUUUUUCUAAAAGAGAUUAUUUUAUGAAUAAGGAUUGGCUUCUCUAUAUAAUAUAAAUGGUUAUUUGAGCUUAACCCAAAUCUUACAAACUUUAAGGGUAAAGAAGAGAUGACUGUUUUGAUUUGUAUGUAAUUAUUUACACCAAGAGAUUACAGUGGAAUAUCCCUAAUUGGGAUCUUUAAACUUUGUUAAUUUCCAUAAACGAUAAAUUUACUUGAAAAUUUGAAACUACUGUGGUGAAUGGAUUUUUUGCUCUUUGCAUAGCGCGCAUAUAACUCUGUUUAUUUCUUGUUGGUGUUUGAGAAAUCUUAAAUUAUAUCGUAAAUAGGAAUUCAAUUUGGGUAAUUUUCACAAUGGUACAUCAACUUAGGGUGAUGUAACAGUAAGGUAUAUGAACUUAAUUCUGUAACAUAAAAACCCCAAUCUUCAUUAAGCAACAGUACACUCAUCAACACCUAUUAUUGUUGGUUAUAGAGCAGGUUAUUUACAAAAAGAAAAAACAACCUAAUUCUAUAUGUGUGUAUAAUAUAGACUUUUGUUACUAAAAUUGACGUCACAAGAGAUUUUUUUUAGGCUUUAUUUUAAUUCACGUUCAAUUCUUAAAAAUUUUAACUUAACAAUAAA